AUGUCGCCGUCGCUCAGUCGGAAUCUCUUUGCUGCAACCCUGCUUGCAAGCGCAGCAGCACACUCUCACAUCGAUUAUGUCCUCGUCAACGGCGUGUACUAUCCAGGCUUUAUCCCUCAGCUCGGCGCCAGCGGCAACCCAGCAGACACAGUCGGGUGGUUCGAGACCGCGACAGACGACGGCUUCAUCGCACCCUCAAACUACACCAACCCCAACAUCAUCUGCCACGAGAACGGCGCUCCCCCACGCGCCCACAUGCCCGUCGCGCCCGGCGAUAUAGUACACUUCCAGUGGAACGGCUGGCCGUUGUCCCACGACGGGCCCGUGCAGACCUACCUGGCCCCCUGCGACGGCUCCAACGCCCAUGCUGGCGACGGGUGUGCCAGUGUCGACAAGACCAAGCUCGAGUUCUUCAAGAUCGACGACUCUGCCCCUGUGUUCCUCAACGAGAGUGGUGGACCGCCGGGGUUCUGGGCCACCGAGGUCCUGAUUGCGAGCAACAACAGCUGGCUGAUCCAGGUGCCGACUACGCUGCGUCCUGGUCCGUAUGUGCUGCGGCAUGAAAUCAUUGCCCUGCACUAUGCCAAUGUGACGAAUGGGGCACAGAACUACCCCCAGUGCUUCAAUGUUUGGGUAUCGCACGGUGCGAGUAAUACGAGUAACGUCACGGGGACGUUGGGGCCAGUGGUCAACCCGCGUGGCAUACCGGCUACAGAGUUUUAUCACGAGGAUGAUCCAGGGAUUUUGAUCGAUAUAUACAAGAAUUUGACGACAUACGUGAUACCUGGACCUACAUUGGCUGCAGAUGCUGUACCCAUUCCGCUGUCAAGCCAGAGGAACAUGCUUGUGAAGGCGGCUGGAACACCAGUCGUGGUCUCGGGAAUGAGCGAUUACCCAAUUCCAUAG